CCCAAUAUCCAUUGAAUAUGGGUAGAGAAGGAAAUGAAGGCACAUCAAAUGCCCUUGCAGUUCAGUUGGAAGCACAGGGGAAGGUAAAGUAUGCCGUUUUGGCACGUCAGGGACACUCAAAGGACAAGAUAAUAUACUCAAAACUGACAGACUUGCUUCCAGCGGAAGUGGUGGCUGGAGAUGAUCCAAGCCUGGAGAGACCAUCAGAAGACAAUGUGCAAGAGACUACCGACAAAACUCGUCUUGCCUUGGAACGUCUCACACAUACAAAGAUAGCAGUUGCUAUGCCAGUCAGGUGUGCACAGUAUAUCCGUUACACACAGUCUUGGCAAGGGGCUGCCUACAAUUCAGGUGCAAAACAGCGUGUCAUUCGAAUGGUAAAGGCCCAGAAAGAUCCAAUGGAACCACCAAAAUUUAAAAUCAACAAGAAGAUACCUCGUGGACCUCCCUCACCGCCUGUUCCAGUACUGCAUUCUCCAACAAGAAAGGUGAGUGUUAAAGAAAAGAAUGAGUGGAAGAUUCCACCAUGCAUUUCCAACUGGAAGAAUGCUAAGUGGUAUGCAAUCCCUUUGGACAAGCGUCUCGCUGCAGAUGGACGUGGCCUGCAGCAGGUUCACAUUAAUGAGAAUGUUGCCAAAGUGGCAGAGGCCCUUUAUAUCACUAAUAGAAAGAUACGUGAAGCUGUGGAGAUGCGAGCCCAGCUGCAGAAAAAGUUAGCACAGAAGCAGAGGGAGAAGAAGGAGGAACAUCUGCGGCAACUUGCGCAGAAGGCCAGAGAGGAAGAGGUUGGCAUCAGAACUCAAGCAGCUGCCACAGAUAAAGAUGAAGAGGCUUGAAACCUUGAUCGGCUGCGUUAUGAACGCCACAAAGGUCGUCAGCGUGAUCGCAACACUGCAAGAGCUGCUUCAUACAAGAGGUCAAAGCU